AUGAGCAAAUCUUACGACCUACGUGGCAAGGGCAAAGAGCCUAUAUUGCCUGUGGCUUCACGAUCCAGGCCUCCCUCGGCAGUAGCAGCAACGUCCGGCAACAAUCCACCACCUGCAACGCCUGUCAACAUGGGACCUUCCACGGCAACUUUCAACCCACUCUUUUCCACGCCUACGUCAAUAGGACCUCCAAUGUCCAAAUUCCCAUCCCCAGUGUCUCUAUCUCAGCAGCUGCGAGAGAUGCAGGAAGAGGUGGAGGCAGAAGUCAGGCGCCUCCGGAAAAAUAAUACCAUGCUGUCCAAGCGAGUUGAUGUGUUGGCCGUGACCAAGGCCUCCAAGGACGACAUACUGGAGGAGGUGCUGGACACGGAAGCCAAGGUGGAAGAGCUGGGGAAGACAGUGGUCACCGGAGUUGAGCUCAACAAGUGGGUUGAAUACACAAAAGCAUCGCAUGCCGUCAUCACUGAGAGGCUUGACAAGAUGACCUUGUCACCUUGCCCACUCCGGUUAAGGAGGAGGCGGCUGACCCGACUGUCGGAGGCCCAACCUGCUUGGGUCAAAAAGAUGGAGGAAGGCCACGCUGCACCUGUGCAGCAGCUCAAGCCUCCAAAGCUGGUCAGCCUUGGCCCAAAGCGACCAGGAGCACUCACUUCGAUGGUCAUGAUCUAUCUCGACAAUUGGGGUCAUGCCUCGACAAUGAUGGCGAUCAACGCCGCAUUGACCGAGUCGAAGUCGGCGGCUGGUCAACAGUUCCAUCUGAGAAACAUCAGAAAAGGGGUCCCCGCCACACCCCAAGCCUGGUGUGAUUUGAUCACGGAACAGUUCGCCGCAUCACGACCAGUGGCCCUGGCCACUUUACUCCAAGCCCGAAUGUUUGAUCCAGCAAAAGACGAUGUCCAGGAGUGGAUUGCGGAACUGCAAUCUAUCUGCCAGGAGGCCGAACAGGAACACGAAUUUCCUUGA